UACUUCUGUCUCUCACAGACCUUCUCUCCCUCUCUCAGUUCUCACUUCUCAAUCAUCUCUCUCUUUCUACCUCCGCCUCACUUCACGAUCAGAACCCAAGCCAGCCUCAAUCUCUCUUACUUCACUUAUUUACCCUCCAAACAAGCAGAUCUGGAAAAAGCCUAUAAUCUAUUUCAAGCCAUCUCAUCAGUCUCUCCCCAAACAAACAGAUCCGGCAAAGAAGAGUUCAAGAAUCGCCAAAUUAACAUCCGAUGGCUUUUAUGGGCACAGAAAGCGCUUCCUCAUCUUCUUCUUCUACCAUGUCUGGAUGGACAUAUGAUGUCUUUCUUAGUUUCAGAGGCAGUGACACCCGUAAAAAUUUCACAGACCAUCUAUAUGCUGCUUUGAAGCAGAAAGGUAUAUUCACAUUCAGGGAUGAUGAAAAACUUGAGCGAGGAACAUUCAUUGCUCCAGAGCUCUUGAGAGCAAUAGAAGAGUCAAGAUUUGCUGUUGUCAUUAUCUCACAGGACUACGCUUCAUCGAGUUGGUGUUUGGUUGAACUAGCAAAGAUUGUUGAGUGCAUGGAAGAGGAGAGGCUUAUAAUUUUGCCUGUUUUUCACUACAUAGAUCCUAGUGAUGUGAGGAAUUUGAAGGAGACUUUUGGAGAAGCCUUUGCUAAACAUGAAGAGCAUUACAAAGAUAACAUAGAGGAAGUAUAUAGAUGGAAAGCUGCUUUGACACAAGUUGCUAAAAUUGCUGGAUGGGAUUUACGAGACAAACAUGAGGCAAAAGUUGUUGAAGAAAUAGUUGGAAAGAUAUUGGAUAAAUUGACUUCUACAUACUCAAUUGUUCACAAGGAUUUUGUUGGAAUAAACUCUCGUAUGGAGGAACUGGUGAAUUUAUUAGGCAUGGGGUUGAAUGAUGUUCGCUUUAUAGGGAUUUGGGGAAUGGGGGGAUUGGGCAAAACAACUCUAGCACGAGUUGUUUAUGAUAAAUUUCGUAAUCGUUUUGAAGGCAGCAGCUUUCUUGCCAAUGUUAGAGAAGAAUGUGGAAAACAUGGUUUAGUUCAUUUAAAAAAACAGCUUCUUUCUGAUAUCUUGAUUGAAAGAAAUAUUGAUUUUUCAGAUGUUCAAUGGGGAAGUAAUGUGAUAGAGAAAAGAUUAUGUUAUAAAAGUGUCCUUAUCGUUCUUGAUGAUGUGGAUCAACUUGAUCAAUUAGAAGAGUUAGCAGGCGAGCGAAUUUGGUUUGGUCGAGGGAGUAGAGUCAUUAUAACUACAAGAGAUCAACAUCUAUUGAUCAAACAUGAUGUGGCUAGAGCUGAAAUAUACGAAGCUACGAAAUUGAAUAGUGAUGAAGCUCUUCAGCUCUUUAGUCGAAAAGCCUUCAAGAAAGACCAUCCUUUAGAAGGUUAUGUGGAGUUGUCCAAGAAAGCAAUAAGUUAUGCUCAAGGCCUUCCUUUGGCUCUUAAUGUUUUGGGUCCCUUCUUGAAACAUAGAAGCCCUGAUGCAUGGAAAAGUGCCCUAGAUAGACUGAAAGAAACUCCUCCGAAAAAAGUUUUGGAUACACUCCGGAUAAGUUUUGAUGGCUUGGAAGAAACAGAAAAAAAAAUAUUUUUAGAUAUUGCUUGUUUCUUCAAAGGAGAAGAUAAAGAUCGCGUAAUAAAUAUACUACAAACUCCCCGUUACAAGCCAAGCAUUGAUAUAGAUGUUCUUGUGGAAAAAUCUCUCAUAACCAUCUUCAAUAAUUAUUUGUGGAUGCAUGAUUUACUGCAAGAAUUAGGUUGGCAAAUUGUUCAUAGUGAGUUCCCUGAACAGCCUGGUAGUCGUAGUAGGUUGUGUCUCAAGGAUGAUGUCCUUCAUGUACUGAAAAAUAACACAGGAUCAGGAAAAAUUCGAGGCAUAAUGUUGCAUUCGCCCGGACCAGUAAAAGUGCAACUACACACGGAAGCUUUCAGAAAUAUGGAAAAUCUCAAAUUUCUAAUAGUUGAAAAUGUACAUAUUUGUGAGCCACUUGAAUUUCUUCCCCACAAGCUAAUAUUUCUUAAGUGGCCCAAUUAUCCUUUUCACUGGCCAUCUGAGUAUUUUCCUGAACAACUUGUUGCUAUUGAGAUGCCACAUAGUCGCAUUAGAUUGCCAAAGCUAAUUACGCAGGAGCGUCCGUUAGAAAAUUUGAAAGAUGUCAAUCUCAGGUAUUGUAAAUUUAUUACGGAAUUACCUAAAUCAUGGGCCCCAAAUUUAGAGAGUUUGCAGCUCGCUGGUUGUGAAAAUUUAGUUAAAUUAACUGAAUUAGGGGCCCCAAAUUUAGCGUAUUUGGACCUCUCUAAUUGUGAAAAUUUAGUUAAAUUAACUGAAUUAGGGGCCCCAAAUUUAGAGUACUUGGACCUCUCUUAUUGUGAAAAUUUAGUUGAGAUUGAUGAAUGCUUUGGAUCUCUUGAAAAGCUUACAACAUGGGAUCUCAAGCGUUGUAGAAAACUUCAAAUUCUUCCAAGCCAGCUCAGGUUGGAAUCUCUUUAUCGUUUUAUUCUUUCUGGCUGUUCAAGCCUUGAGAAGCUCCCUAAUUUUCAUCCAGAAAUGGAAUGUUUAAACACUUUAUUUUUAGAUAGGAGUGGUAUUAGAGAGGUGCCUUCAUCAAUCGAGCAUCUCACUGAGCUUGUGGUAUUAAACCUUCGUAAUUGCAAAAACCUUGGGGAUCUUCCACAUAGCAUUUAUAAAUUGCAACAGCUUCGGGAAUUGUCGAUCCCUACUGCCAAAUUGAGACCGACGUGCGAUUCUUUUGAUGGCUCUUCCGGAUAUGGGUUUGUGAACAUGACAGAAUUGAUUCUCCUGGGAUGUGAAGGCAUAAUUGAAUUAGAUCUUUUGAUGAAACCUGAUUACUUCCCCGCAUUGGAAGCGAUAUUUCUAUCUUCUACCAAUAUUGUUACCAUCCCUGAAAGCAUUAGCAGAUUUCCCAGAUUAAUACAACUUUCUGCUACGAAUUGCAAGCUUCUUCGUGAAAUUCAAGGACUUCCACAAUCAAUAAGAAGUGUUCAUGUGGAUAAUUCCAGGUUGUUGAAUACCUCACCAAGCGGGCUAUUUAAUCAGGUAAUAGGAAUUAUUGGGAUUUUACCAAAUAGAGUAUGUGGUAGCGCAAGAAGCAACAAAUUAAUGGAUCUGCAGUUCUCCAAUAAUUUACCAUCUGAAACUAAGGCUACUGAAUGGGUUGAUUUUUGGGGAGAGAGCUUUGAUGGCUUUGAUCCUGAUAUUACUUUUUCGGGAACUGAGAUGCUGAAAUGGUUUAAUCAUCGAAGUGUUGAUAACUCCAUAUUUUUCUUUGUUGGUCGCAAUUUUCCAAAAUUGGUUGUCUGUAUUGUUCCUGGACCAAAGCGCUUUCAAGGCUUUGUUGAAAUUUCCAUCAAUGGUUAUGAAAAUCGUGAAUAUCAGUCUAUUGAUCUAAGGGGAGAUUCAGAAUAUUCAUGUUCCCAAUAUUUAUUUUCUCUAACUCAAUGGUCUCUGCUGCAGAGACAUUUGAAUGAAUCAAAUCCAACUGACCAGAAUCGUGUUAAGGUUUCUAUUAGAUAUAAGUCAGAUGACACCUGUUAUUCUAUAAGAAUGUGGGGGGUCCACGUAGAAUGCACCUGUCCUCCUCAAGAAGAUGAUGCUGUUGAUUAUGGGUAUUCUAUAAAAGGUUGCGGGUCGAAGAAACAGAGGACACGUUGAUGAACUCUGAAGAAAUAUGCCUCAAUCAAAAAAUCACAUUGAACUGUUCCUCCUCGGUCGUUUCUGACCGGUUUCUUUUUGCAUUUGAUGCCAAGUUGACUAGGAUGGUUGCGGUUGAAGUCACUGGCGGGCCCCAGAUUUCCUUUUGCCUUGGAUGCGAGCUCUGUCUGGUAUGAUUUUGUGUUUUUUUGAUCUGAUUUUUCAAAUUGAGAUGCAUAAUUUCUGCUUAGCUUACCAUGGUGAAGAAAGAUCUUGCAAUUGUUUCCUAGUUUUAUUCAUUCGCUUGGACUUAAUCAGUUUCUUGAUUUAAAAAAUUAUGUACACCAGUCAUUUAGAAUCCUGACUUUUGUAGAAAAUGUGUAUCAUUUUGAAUUUUAGAAGCUACAUCAAAUUUGUUGGCUGUGUACAAGACUGUUUAAGAUAAAUCAUAAGCCCAAAACCUUACCCUUC